AUGUCUGCUGAUGCUUCCAACGACCCGUUUAGUUCUUUUUAUCAGGAAGUGAAGGCUAUCGAGAAAAGAGACUCGGUGCUCACACCAAAACAGCAAAUUGACAGACUCAAUCGUCCCGGAUCGACUUACUUCAAUCUAAAUCCAUACGAUGUUCUUCAAGUGGAUCCCGAUACCCCGCUGGCCGACGUGAAGAAAAAAUAUCGGCAGCUUUCGCUUCUAGUUCACCCGGAUAAAAAUCAGAGUGACUCUGAAAGAGCUCAAAAGGCUUUUGAUGCACUUGCCAAGGCUCACAAAACUUUGGACGACCCAGAGUCGGCUCGUAAAUGUCGAGAAGUUGUUGAUGAGGCGAAAGCACGGGUUGAACAGAUGAUUAUCGAAAAACGACAGCGUGCUCGAAAAGCGGGUCAGUCGACGGAAGUUGAGGAGGACGAUCCGGAAAAGAAAAGACACGCUAUCUACGUGCAAACGUGCAAGCUGUUUGCCGAUUUGGAGAGGCUACGUGUCGAAGAGGAACUCAAGCAAUCAAAUGAACG